CAGAGGGUAAAUCCGCAGUGCUUAAAUCGAAGGUGCCUUCACUACAAUGCUUCCAGUGGGCGCAGAGCGCCUUAUCGAGCAAGCUAUACCACCGCUGCGUCGAAAAGUAUCCAAGUGGCUGCGUUUUCCCAGAAACGGCCGCGUUUUUCCAGAUACGGUUGCGUUUUUUCGCCGACAUCGACACAAUGGCGCAGCGAACUCACUGGUCGAUAUACUCAGGCGCGGGGGCGACGAUAAGGACGAAUGGGCAAAACGCAGUGCGGAUAAUCUUUUCAUCGCGCCUUCUGAAUAGACGCGUAGACCGCCACGCCAAAAUGACGUGACGCUAACCGGUUGAUUUCCACACAGAUCCCCGUCACCAAGCUCGGCCGCCUCGUGAAGGAGGGCAGAAUCCGCUCGCUCGAGGUCAGCACCGGAGCAGAAAAUGAAUUUUUAACUCGCCGGGGCGGCGCGGCGAUGGCGUCUUCACGAGACCACGUCGCCUCGACGCCGUCUUCGUGAUCAUGAGAGAGUCUAGGCGUCGCGGAGCGUUUUCGCGACCCGUUUUUUCGCACAGGAAAUCUUCCUUCACUCGAUGCCGAUCAAGGAGCACCAGAUUGUGCCGUCUCGGCGCCGAGAUAGGCGCCUUCGAUCUACGCAACGUCGACGCACCUUUGCGUAGACGGUUUAACCGCCCCCCAGCCCCAGCUAAGCGCGCGGUCACCGCUCGUAUUCCUCUCGCAGGUGGACCACUUCUUCCCGCCGACCGCUGGAAAGCUCAAAGACGAGGUGAUGACCAUCAAGCCCGUUCAGAAGCAGUCGUCGGCUGGCCAGAGAACUAGAUUCAGUAUUUGCCAGCGUCCUCGCCUUCAACGUCGAUGUUGACGUAAACGUCAGCCUUCGCCGAAACUCACCGUUUUUACUCCACGCAGAGGCCUACGUCGCCGUCGGCGACUUCGACGGCCACAUCGGCCUCGGCAAGAAGUGCUCCUCGGAGGUCGCUACCUGCGCUUAAAUCAAAUUGUCGCGGCACGUCCACUGCUGAAUUAUGACCUCCACGCCAUCGACGCGCACCCGACUCACUGAUUGAUUUGCGCACAGGUCGCUACGGCCAUUAGAGGCGCUCUUAUCAUGGCCAAGAUGCACCUCGUGCCGAUCCGCCGCGGCUACUGGGGGUCCGCGACAGCGUCAGAAAACGAGAAUCGACGCGUCUGCCACUUCGAGAGAGUCUCCGCGGGGCUGUAAACGUUGCAUCGCUCACUGGUUGAUCUACACAGUAAAAAUUCCGGGCUUCCUCAC